CAGUCACGUUUCUAACGCACAACCUCUGCUCUCAAUUAUUAGUUUGGAGAUUUCUGUAAAACUACAACACUACUACAAUAUGACUCACGAUACCUACGAUGAAGACCGAGAGGGCCAUGGAUUCGCCACCCUUGCUCUUCACCACGGACAACCCUUAGACUCCGAUCACAGAGCUCGCGCUCCCCCAAUCUACCUCUCAUCAUCCUUCGCUUUCAAGUCUGCUGAACAUGGAGCGAAGCUUUUUGCCCUUCAGGAACUGGGGCCAAUCUACACCCGAAUUAUGAACCCCACAAACCACAUGUUGGAAUACAGAAUCGCAAAGCUAGAAGGAUCAAAGUGUGAUCUCGAUGGUGCCCACCCCUCUGCCUUGGUUGUAUCUAGUGGUCAGGCUGCUCAGAUGCACGCUAUGUUGACUAUCUGCCAGACCGGUGACAACUUCCUCGCCAGCAGCAACCUGUACGGAGGCACCUACUCGCAAUUCGCCCACACAUUCCCCGGGAUGGGAGUUAAGGUCAAAUUCUUCGACUGCACCAAGCCUGAAGACAUUGAGAGCCUUGUCGACGACAAUACCAAAGCCGUGUACAUCGAGACCAUCGCCAACCCGUCGUACGCAGUUGCCGAUUUCGAGGCUAUUGCGCGUGUGUGUAAGAAGCUGGAGCUACCCCUCGUGGUUGACAACACGUUUGGCAUGUGUGGCUACGUCUGUCGGCCUUUGAAGUUCGGGGCGAAUAUCGUCGUGGAAUCUUGCACCAAAUGGAUCGGAGGACAUGGUACAACUAUUGGUGGAGUUAUUGUCGACGGGAACAACUUCGACUGGAGUGUCAAGAAGAAGGACGGUACCUCCAAAUUCCCCCUGCUGAACGACCCAUGCCCAGCAUACCAUGGAUUGAACUUCAAUGAGGUGUUUGGGCCUGAGGGCCCCUUUAAGUGCAACAUGGCCUUUAUCUUCCACGCUCGUGUCAUUGCACUCCGUGAUAUGGGUGGAUGUCAGAACCCCUUCGGCAGUUUCCAACUGCUCAUGGGUCUGGAAACUCUUGGUCUAAGAGGUCGUGCACACUGUGACAACGCCAACCGCUUGGCUGCGCACCUCGAGUCCCACCCAGAGGUCGAGUGGGUGAGUCAUCCGUCGCUCGAGUCUCACCAGUCUCACAACCAGGCCAAGACGUACUUCCGCGAGGGCAAGUUCGGAUCAGUGCUGUCCUUCGCGCUGAAGGGUGACGGAAAGACGCGCGGCGCUAAGUUUAUUGACGGUGUGAAGCUGGCUUCGCACUUGGCCAAUGUGGGGGACGCCAAGACGCUUGUGAUCCACCCUGCAUCCACCACCCACCAGCAGCUGUCAGCCGAGGAGCAGGAUGCGGCGGGUGUGUCGCCUGGCAUGAUCCGUGUGUCUGUGGGUGUGGAAGACUACGAGGACAUUGUGGCCGACUUUGAACAAGCCAUCCAGCAAGCCUAGAGGUGCAGUGCGUGAGUGAGUGAGUGAGUGCGGCACUAGUAAGAUUAUUAGUAUGAGAAGAAGGCUGGGUGGUACGUGGGAGUGCGUCUCGGGCCCCUCUCUAGCCAACAUACUCCUGGCCGAUAUAUACGUGUAAAUAUAUAUAUAUAUAUAUAUAUAUCUGUAGUGGAUCAGUCUGACAGGUCAUUUGGCAAGGCAGAACAGAACACCUUGUGCACAGUAGAAUGCACUCAUAUGGUGCCAUGCCCAGUGUGACUAGAUAAACCCAACACCGCACAUACGGCAAGCCGCCAACGGCUGACCGGCUGCUUAACACUUCUGGUGACUACAGAGGACUGUGCGCGAGCGCGAGAAUGUAUUGCGGUGAAAUAAACUAUGCGUAAGACCCAUCAACGGUAGUUGC